AUGGAGACGCAUCUGAAGGAGUACGAGCGCUUGGGCGAGAACUGGGAGGGCUCCCAGGCACGGCUCAAGGAGAGGGUCACCAAAUUGGAGGCAGAGUGCAGGCAGAUGGAGGAGUCGCUGGGCGAAGCCUCGGAGCGGGAGCAGGAGCUGCUGUUGGCCAAACGGUCCCUGGAGACCCGUCUGGAGGAGGCCCAGCGGGGCCUGGCCCGGCUGACGCAGGAGCACCAGGACCUGUGUGUGUCCUACCAGGACGAGCAGCGGCAGAAGGAGCAGCUCAAGCGUGCCAAGAGCGAGCUGGAGGAGCAGAAGCGUCUGCUCGACCGCACCACCGAGAAGCUGAACAAAGAGCUGGAGCAGAUGACGGAGGAGUCACACAGCUCACUGGCCAUGCUGAAGUCACAGCUCGAGGAGUUCAAGGAGAAGUCACGGAAGGAGAUCACAGAUUCCCAGAAACAAGCCAAGGAUCGGGGCGCUGAGGUGGAGAAGAUGCAGUUCAGCAUGGGCCGGCUGCAGGACGAGGUGGCCCGGCUGAAGCAGGCGCUGCAGGAGAGCCAGGCAGAGCGGGAGGACGCGCUGCUGGACAAGGACGUGCUGCUCCAGCGCCUGCACAACCUCGAGCAGGAGAUGGAGACCAAGAAGCGCUCCCAGGACGACCGCUCGCGGCACCUCAAGGCACUGGAGGACAAGUCCAAGCGCCUGGAGGUGGAGCUGGACGAGGAGAGGACCACGGUGGAGCUCCUGACGGAGAGGGUCAACCGGAGCAGAGACCAGAUCGACCAGCUGCGGGCAGAGCUGCUGCCGGAACGCUCCAGCCGGCCGGACCUACGCUCCAGCCGGCAGGACCUGGAGUGUGACAAGGUCUCUCUGGAGCGGCAG